AUGGAAGCUGCCGGGCUGCAGGACUUUCCAUGUCUCGUCAUUCGUGGCAUCUGCGACUAUUCGGACUCUCACAAGAACAAGACAUGGCAAGAAUACGCAGCUGCGACGGCUGCUGCAUUUGCGAAGGAACUUUUGUCGACCAUUCGACUAAAUAAAGUUCUAGAGGAAAAGCCUAUUCAAGCGCUAGUCAGUGUCGCGAAAGAACACCUUCAAGUCUCGGCCGAUCAUCGUGAUAUUUCGUCUCAACAGCUCUUUGAGCAAAAGCGCACAAACCAAAUACUUGAGAAUUGCUCUCUUGAGCUUCACAUUGUCCAUGAAGCGUGCUACGACAGUGCCGACUUUCAGAACAGUCCAAAAUGCGAGAAGGGCACUCGAACUCGCAUCCAAGAAACAAUCCACGAUUGGGUCGACGACAACUCUGCCGAGCCUCUGUUCUGGCUUCUGGGACCGGCAGGGACCGGCAAAUCCACCAUCGCACGCACUAUCGCUGACACUUUCGCCACUAAGAAACAACUUGUGGCUGGCUACUUCUUCAAAAGAGGAGAACGGUGCCGUAAUGACACAAGACGUCUGUUUUCUACCCUCGCUGCGCAGCUGGCUGAGACAAUCCCUCACUUUAAAAACUGUCUUCGUAAUUCCCUCAACGGUCUUGACAGAGAUGCAGUAGAGAAGAAGGGCCUUGACUUCCAGUUUGAAAAGCUCUUAUGGCUCCCCUUGGGGGAUCUACCUCCCAAUGACGUGAGUCAUAUAUCUAGGGUGAUUAUUAUCGACGCUUUGGACGAAUGCGAGCAACCCGAACACCUCCUGAGGGUUCUUAUGCUAUUAUCAAAGCUUCGCAACAUUGUUGCGGUACGCUUGCGUAUAUUAUGCACAAGCAGGUCAGCCCCGGAGAUCGCAUAUGCCUUCAGGCUUCUUGCUCAAGAGAAGGCUGUUCACAGCUUAGAGCUCCACCGUGCAUUCUCUGAAGAUACUAAGGCUGACGUCAAGACCUUUCUGAAGACCAGAUUCGCAGAAGUCCAAAUAAAACGCAAAGUGCACCAAAACCCCUGGCCUAUCAUUGAAGACUUUGAUCGCAUGGUUCAACUGGCCACAACUCCUGAACCCCUCUUCAUCUACGCUGCAACUCUUUGCCGAUUCGUUUAUGACGAAAAGCACCCCCGAAAUCCUAAGAAGCAGCUGAGACUGUGGCUCGAGCAAUGCGAAAAUGGCAAGUCUCAGCUAAACCAAAUUUACGAUCCUAUUCUCAGUCAGCUCUUCCUUGGGAACGAUGAAGCGGAAUCUGGCCAGAAGCUGCAAUUCCUAGGGGCUCUGAUCCUUCUGGCCACCCCACUGCCUGCUAGCUCUCUGAUCAUUCUCCUGGGCAUGGAUAUGGAUGACGUGAACUGGUGGCUUCCAGAGUUGCAUGCAGUGCUGGACAUCCCCCCUGAGUCUCAUCGCCCGGUACGAUUACUACACAAAUCGUUCAGCGACUUUCUUCUCAACUCUGGGGACACACGGACGACUAAGCAUUGUGUAAAUGCUACAAAAACUCACGCUAUGCUAGCGGUACGAUGCAUUGAGCGCAUGGAAGUAGGACUUAAAGGGGAUAUCUGCAAUAUUCAACAGCCGGAUGUGCUCAAAGAUGAAAUCGACAAGCAAGUGAUAGCUACACAUAUUCCUGCCGAUCUCCACUAUGCAUGCCUAUACUGGGUUUACCACUUACAGCAAAGCAGUGGGGCUCUAGGAGAUGUCGUUUGUGGGUUCCUCUAUAGGCACCUUCUUCACUGGUUAGAAGUCUUAGCACUUCUAGGUGAGGUCUCAAAUGGUGCUACUGCAAUGAAGCAGCUUCUCAAUAUAUGCAAGAAGUAUCCCAACACACCUGCGGAACUGAGCGAGUUCGUAAAAGAUGCCAGCAAGGUCAUUGGAAGUUUUGGAUCCAUGAUUGAGCAGACGCCGCUUCAGGUCUAUGGAGCACUGGUUUUAUUCUCUCCGGUUGGAAGCAAAGUACGGCAAAAAUGCUGGAACCAACGCAUGCCGAAUCUGCCUCAUAUUCACGGCGUAAAAUCUGAUUGGGACGCACACCGGCAAACGCUCGAGGGCCAUACGGACUGGGUCAACGCGGUGGCCUUCUCGCCGGAUGGCAAGGUAGUGGCGUCGGCGUCGCAGGACGAAACGGUACGGCUCUGGGACACAGCCACGGGCGCACCCCAGCAGACGCUCAAGGGGCAUACGGACUAUGUUAACGCAGUGUCCUUCUCGCCGGACGGGGAGGUAGUGGCGUCAGCGUCGCAUGAUAAGACGGUACGGCUCUGGGAUGCGGCCACGGGUGCGCCCCGACAGACGCUUAAGGGCCAUACGGAAUGGGUGAACGCGGUGGCCUUCUCGCCAGACGGCAAGGUAGUGGCGUCAGCGUCAGACGAUGAGACGGGACGACUCUGGGACGCAGCUACUGGCGCACUCCGGCAGACGCUCGAGGGUCAUACGGACUGGGUCAAUGCGGUGGCCUUCUCGCCAGACGGCAAGGUAGUGGCGUCGGCGUCGCGCGACAGGACGGCGCGGCUCUGGGACGCGGCCACAGGCGCGCCCCUACAGACGCUCAAGAGCCACACGAGAUAUGUUAGCGCGGUGGCCUUCUCGCCGGACGGGCAGGUAGUGGCGUCGGCGUCGCACGAUGAGACGGUACGGCUCUGGGACGCGGUCACAGGCGCGCCCCGGCAGACGCUUAAGGGCCAUACGGACUGGGUCAAUGCGGUGGCCUUCUCGCCAGACGGCAAGGUAGUGGCGUCAGCGUCAGACGAUGAGACGGGACGACUCUGGGAUGCGGCCACAGGCACACCGCGGCAGACACUUAAAGGCCAUACAAGCUAUGUCAACGCAGUAGCCUUCUCGCCUGACGGCCAAGUAGUGGUGUCAGUGUCGGACGACGAGACGGUAAGGCUUUGGGACGCGGCCACGGGCGCACCCCGGCAGACGCUUAAGGGCCAUAUGGAAUGGGUCAACGCGGUGGCCUUCUCGCCAGACGGGCAGGUAGUGGCGUCAGCGUCGCAUGAUGAGACGGUACGGCUCUGGGACGCGGCCACAGGCGCACCCCGGCAGACGAUGGAGAGCCAUACGAGCUAUAUUAAUGCGGUGGCCUUCUCGCCGGGCGGCCAGGUAGUGGUGUCAGCGUCGGACGACGGGACGGUACGGCUCUGGGAUGCGGCCACAGGCGCACCCCGGCAGACGCUUAAGGGCCAUACGAGCUAUGUCAACGCGGUGGCCUUCUCGCCGGACGGGCAGGUAGUGGUGUCGUCGUCGGACGAUGGGACGGUACGGCUUUGGGGCGUGGCCACAGGCGCACCCCAGCAGACGCUUAAGGGCCAUACGAGCUAUGUCAACGCGGUAGCCUUCUCGCCAGACGGGCAGGUAGUGGCGUCAGCGUCGCAUGAUGAGACGGUACGGCUUUGGGACGCGGCCACAGGCACGCCCCAGCAGACGCUCGAUAUGGGUUUCAUUAGCAAUAUCGCAUUCGACCCAUGUUCAAACACACGACUGUUCACUGCUUUCGGAAUUGUAGACCUAGUCGCAGGUUCUCUAGUAGGCGAAUCGGACUCAUCUGAGGAGACGGUGUUGUCGUCAGCAGUCUAUGAACUUGGUAUUAGCCCUAAUAACGCUUGGAUCAUGGAAGGGAAGGAUCAAAUCGUCUGGCUCCCUGAAGAAUACAGACCAACAGCAACAGCCACAAGACACUCAGUUAUGGUCAUUGGCUGUAAAUUGGGGCAUGUUAUCCAUAUUGCUACUACAAGAAGCUGCCCCUAA